UUUGCUGCUCACAACACUCGCGUGUUUGAAUGAAGGAAGGAGCCCACGAGUACCUUCAGGCUCAACUCGAGAAGAGUACGAUAAACGUUGACUAGUAGCUCUGUAAUUAAGCAAAUUAAACGAUACAUUGUUAGCAUUUAAUCCAACGUGUACGAUCAAGGAUUGAGAUUUAGUACAGUAACUAACGAGACCUGUAUAUGAUCAAAUAUGUCCGAAGCACAAGACUUGAGAAAGCGCAGUAAGAAACGCUAUGGGGGCGGACACCGGAGUAAGAAGUACAAGGGUUCCCGGGAGCUCGAGGUGGGCAUGCAAGGUGUCCUCAUCACCUGCAAUAUGAACGAGAGGAAAUGCACCGCGGAAGCCUUCAACCUGCUGAACGAAUACGCCGACCAACUCUACGGACCUGAGAAUUUUAAGGAACCCGAGGAGAGCAGUAGUGAGGAAGAGGAGGAUGAAGAUGUGGAGGCGGCUCUGAAGAAGGAGGUGAAGCAGCUCAAAGCGUCGUCGGGGAAACGGCAGCGGCGAUUCCAGGCCAUGGACAGCGGGGCCAACAACGUCAUCUUCAUCAAGACCAAGAACCUCGACCCUGAGAAGCUGGUGCAUCACAUCCUGUCAGACCUCCACAUCACCAAGAAGAACAAGUCACGAGUCAUCCUCAGAAUGCUGCCGGUGAGUGGAACGUGCAAGGCGUUCCAGGAGGACAUGGAUAAGUACCUGAGUGUGUUCUUAGAGCCGUGGUUUAAAGCCCCCAACCAGGGCAGCUACCAGAUCGCCUUCAAGGCCCGGAACAGCUCCCACAACAAGAGGGACGACAUCAUCAAGGCCCUGGCAGGCCUGGUGGGGAAGAUGAAUCCUAAAAACAAGGUUGACCUGACCACCCCUGAGCUCACCAUCAUCGUCGAGGUCAUCAAGAGUGUGUGCUGUGUCAGCGUCGUCAGGGACUACACUCUAUACAGGAAGUACAACCUGCAGGAGGUUGCCAAGGAGGAGGGGCCUAAAGAUGGGAAACAGGAAGAGGUCACCGCAAACCAGGAAGAGAUCAAGGUGAACCAGGAAGAGAAGGAUGGGAAACCGGAAGAGAUCAAGUCGAACCAGGAAGAGAAGGAUGGGAAACAGGAAGAGAUCAAGUCGAACCAGGAAGAGAAGGAUGGGAAACAGGAAGAGAUCAAGUCGAACCAGGAAGAGAAGGAUGGAAAGCAGGAAGAGGGAAAGGAUGCCCCAAAAACAGACAGGGAAGGAAAGGGGGAGGAAGAGAAGUAGAUCCCUGUACCAGGAAGGGAGAGAAGAGGGAGGGGAAUGAGGGAGGAAGUGAAGUAGAUCCCUGUACCAGGAAGGGAGAGAAGAGGGAGGGGAAUGAGGGAGGAAGUGAAAUGGGACUGAUAAACAACUCAAAGGCAUCUCACAGUGCAGGUGAUGCAGUCAAUGUGUUUUUAGGUAGUUUUACUGUAGAACAGGUCCUAUUCCUAUUGUCCAUUCCAAAUGGAACCCUAAUCCCUAUAUAGUGCACUAUUUUUGACCUGAGGCCUAUGGGUCCCUUGUCAAAAUGAGUGCACUAUGAAGGGAAUAGGGUACCCUGUUCCCUUUAUAGUGCACUACAUUAGACCAGGUCCUAUGGUACCCAACCCUGACUACGACAAAAUCCCUUCGGUCCUCCAUUUUGUAUCGUGUCCAACAUGUCCUCCUCAUCGCUGACAGUCCAUUGGUCCCCUCACCAUCACCGAGCUCUCACUGAAAGCUGACAGUCCAUUGGUCCCCUCACCAUCACCGAGCUCUCACUGAAAGCUGACAGUCCAUUGGUCCCCUCACCAUCACCGAGCUCUCACUGAAAGCUUAGUCCAUUGGUCUCCUCUCCAUCACCGAGCUCUCACUGAAAGCUUAGUCCAUUGGUCUCCUCUCCAUCACCGAGCUCUCACUGAAAGCCUAGUCCAUUGGUCCCCUCUCCAUCACCGAGCUCUCACUGAAAGCUGACAGUCCAUUGGUCUCCUCUCCAUCACCGAGCUCUCACUGAAAGCUGACAGUCCAUUGGUCUCCUCUCCAUCACCGAGCUCUCACUGAAAGCUGACAGUCCAUUGGUCUCCUCUCCAUCACCGAGCUCUCACUGAAAGCUGACAGUCCAUUGGUCUCCUCUCCAUCACCGAGCUCUCACUGAAAGCUGACAGUCCAUUGGUCUCCUCUCCAUCACCGAGCUCUCACUGAAAGCUGACAGUCCAUUGGUCUCCUCUCCAUCACCGAGCUCUCACUGAAAGCUGACAGUCCAUUGGUCUCCUCUCCAUCACCGAGCUCUCACUGAAAGCUGACAGUCCAUUGGUCUCCUCUCCAUCACCGAGCUCUCACUGAAAGCUGACAGUCCAUUGGUCUCCUCUCCAUCACCGAGCUCUCACUGAAAGCUGACAGUCCAUUGGUCUCCUCUCCAUCACCGAGCUCUCACUGAAAGCUGACAGUCCAUUGGUCUCCUCUCCAUCACCGAGCUCUCACUGAAAGCUGACAGUCCAUUGGUCUCCUCUCCAUCACCGAGCUCUCACUGAAAGCUGACAGUCCAUUGGUCUCCUCUCCAUCACCGAGCUCUCACUGAAAGCUGACAGUCCAUUGGUCUCCUCUCCAUCACCGAGCUCUCACUGAAAGCUGACAGUCCAUUGGUCUCCUCUCCAUCACCGAGCUCUCACUGAAAGCUGACAGUCCAUUGGUCUCCUCUCCAUCACCGAGCUCUCACUGAAAGCUGACAGUCCAUUGGUCUCCUCUCCAUCACCGAGCUCUCACUGAAAGCUGAUGGGUACAUUUUUUAAAAACAUUUCAUUAGAUUUUUUAAAUAGAUACAUUUUUUUUAACAUAAAGGUGUCAUUUUUAUUUUUUUAUUUUUUAUUCCCUCAUUUUCCAGAAAUCCUGGUCCUAGGGUUCUGAGUUCCCUGCUUAUUCCUUCUUUAUUCAGGAUAUCCUGGUCCUAGGGUUCUGAGUUCCCUGCUUAUUCCUUCUUUAUUCAGGAUAUCCUGGUCCUAGGGUUCUGAGUUCCCUGCUUAUUCCUUCUUUAUUCAGGAUAUCCUGGUCCUAGGUUCUGAGUUCCCUGCUUAUUCCUUCUUUAUUCAGGAUAUCCUGGUCCUAGGGUUCUGAGUUCCCUGCUUAUUCCUUCUUUAUUCAGGAUAUCCCUGGUCCUAGGGUCCUGAGUUUCCCUGCUUAUUCCUUCUUUAUUCAGGAUAUCCUGGUCCUAGGUUCUGAGUUCCCUGCUUAUUCCUUCUUUAUUCAGGAUAUCCUGGUCCUAGGGUUCUGAGUUCCCUGCUUAUUCCUUCUUUAUUCAGGAUAUCCUGGUCCUAGGGUUCUGAGUUCCCUGCUUAUUCCUUCUUUAUUCAGGAUAUCCUGGUCCUAGGGUUCUGAGUUCCCUGCUUAUUCCUUCUUUAUUCAGGAUAUCCUGGUCCUAGGGUUCUGAGUUCCCUGCUUAUUCCUUCUUUAUUCAGGAUAUCCUGGUCCUAGGGUUCUGAGUUUCCCUGCUUAUUCCUUCUUUAUUCAGGAUAUCCUGGUCCUAGGGUUCUGAGUUCCCUGCUUAUUCCUUCUUUAUUCAGGAUAUCCUGGUCCUAGGGUUCUGAGUUCCCUGCUUAUUCCUUCUUUAUUCAGGAUAUCCUGGUCCUAGGGUUCUGAGUUCCCUGCUUAUUCCUUCUUUAUUCAGGAUAUCCUGGUCCUAGGGUUCUGAGUUCCCUGCUUAUUCCUUCUUUAUUCAGGAUAUCCUGGUCCUAGGGUUCUGAGUUCCCUGCUUAUUCCUUCUUUAUUCAGGAUAUCCUGGUCCUAGGGUUCUGAGUUCCCUGCUUAUUCCUUCUUUAUUCAGGAUAUCCUGGUCCUAGGGUUCUGAGUUCCCUGCUUAUUCCUUCUUUAUUCAGGAUAUCCUGGUCCUAGGGUUCUGAGUUUCCCUGCUUAUUCCUUCUUUAUUCAGGAUAUCCUGGUCCUAGGGUUCUGAGUUCCCUGCUUAUUCCUUCUUUAUUCAGGAUAUCCUGGUCCUAGGGUUCUGAGUUCCCUGCUUAUUCCUUCUUUAUUCAGGAUAUCCUGGUCCUAGGUUCUGAGUUCCCUGCUAUUAUUCCUUCUUUAUUCAGGAUAUCCUGGUCCUAGGGUUCUGAGUUCCCUGCUUAUUCCUUCUUUAUUCAGGAUAUCCUGGUCCUAGGGUUCUGAGUUCCCUGCUUAUUCCUUCUUUAUUCAGGAUAUCCUGGUCCUAGGGUUCUGAGUUCCCUGCUUAUUCCUUCUUUAUUCAGGAUAUCCUGGUCCUAGGGUUCUGAGUUCCCUGCUUAUUCCUUCUUUAUUCAGGAUAUCCUGGUCCUAGGGUUCUGAGUUCCCUGCUUAUUCCUUCUUUAUUCAGGAUAUCCUGGUCCUAGGGUUCUGAGUUCCCUGCUUAUUCCUUCUUUAUUCAGGAUAUCCUGGUCCUAGGGUUCUGAGUUCCUGCUUAUUCCUUCUUUAUUCAGGAUAUCCUGGUCCUAGGGUUCUGAGUUCCCUGCUUAUUCCUUCUUUAUUCAGGAUAUCCUGGUCCUAGGGUUCUGAGUUCCCUGCUUAUUCCUUCUUUAUUCAGGAUAUCCUGGUCCUAGGGUUCUGAGUUCCCUGCUUAUUCCUUCUUUAUUCAGGAUAUCCUGGUCCUAGGGUUCUGAGUUCCCUGCUUAUUCCUUCUUUAUUCAGGAUAUCCUGGUCCUAGGGUUCUGAGUUCCCUGCUUAUUCCUUCUUUAUUCAGGAUAUCCUGGUCCUAGGGUUCUGAGUUCCCUGCUUAUUCCUUCUUUAUUCAGGAUAUCCUGGUCCUAGGGUUCUGAGUUCCCUGCUUAUUCCUUCUUUAUUCAGGAUAUCCUGGUCCUAGGGUUCUGAGUUCCCUGCUUAUUCCUUCUUUAUUCAGGAUAUCCUGGUCCUAGGGUUCUGAGUUCCCUGCUUAUUCCUUCUUUAUUCAGGAUAUCCUGGUCCUAGGGUUCUGAGUUCCCUGCUUAUUCCUUCUUUAUUCAGGAUAUCCUGGUCCUAGGGUUCUGAGUUCCCUGCUUAUUCCUUCUUUAUUCAGGAUAUCCUGGUCCUAGGGUUCUGAGUUCCCUGCUUAUUCCUUCUUUAUUCAGGAUAUCCUGGUCCUAGGGUUCUGAGUUCCCUGCUUAUUCCUUCUUUAUUCAGGAUAUCCUGGUCCUAGGGUUCUGAGUUCCCUGCUUAUUCCUUCUUUAUUCAGGAUAUCCUGGUCCUAGGGUUCUGAGUUCCCUGCUUAUUCCUUCUUUAUUCAGGAUAUCCUGGUCCUAGGGUUCUGAGUUCCCUGCUUAUUCCUUCUUUAUUCAGGAUAUCCUGGUCCUAGGGUUCUGAGUUCCCUGCUUAUUCCUUCUUUAUUCAGGAUAUCCUGGUCCUAGGGUCCUGAGUUCCUGCUUAUUCCUUCUUUAUUCAGGAAAUCCUGCAUCUGGGAUUUCUGUAAAACCAGGGAAUUCAUUGAAAGUUCACAGAAUUGUUCAGCCCUAGUCACCUGACAGUCUUUCCUCUGUAAAUGAAUGUUAGAAGACCAGUCGUCUAAGUUGACCCAGUUCUUACAGGGCUGGUUUCCCGGACCCAGAUGAAACACACUCAUGGACCCAGAGAUGAAACACACUCAAGGACCCAGAUGAAAACAUACUUAUGGACCCAGAUGAAAACAUACUUAUGGACCCAGAUGAAAACAUACUUAUGGACCCAGAUGAAAACAUACUUAUGGACCCAGAUGAAAACAUACUCAUGGACCCAGAUGAAACACACUCAUGGACCCAGAUGAAAACAUACUCAUGGACCCAGAUGAAACACACUCAUGGACCCAGAUGAAACAUACUCAUGGACUAAAACACUCUUUCAUUGAGAAUCUCCAUUGAAAGUGCUUCUUAGUCCAGGGGCUGUUAUGUAUCAUGUGUCUCAGAGGAGGAGUGCUGAUCUAGGAUCAGGUUCCCCCUGUCCAUAUAAUUGUAUUUGUUAUAAUCUUAAAGACAAAACAGAUCCUAGAUCAGCUCUGAGACCAUUGAUGCGGCCCCAGGAAUGUAGGCCUGAUCUGAGUGCAGGACUCUCCUAUACUGUCCGAUAAUGGAGGUAUACUGUAAUAUACCUUUUUGUUUUGUAGAACAGAGUAACUUCCCCCCCCAAAAAAAAACUGAUCCUUGAAAUAAAGCGAUUUUUUUUGUGUUUUUA